AUGUGUGAGCAGGCAGCGCGCUACUGUAGGGACGGAGUCCACAAACUGCUCAACAAAGAACAAGCCAAACUUCGAGCAGAGAGCCAGGAAAGCCGCGAGCAGCCGAACCCCGUAGCCGGUCAGGACAGCGAGUCCGCCACGGCAGCACAGUCCGGAAACAGCGGAGCCCAGCCCGGUGGAAUCGACGGGCUCGUCCGCUGGAUCGUAACCAAAAUGAGUGACAACAAGAACAUCUCCAGCCGGGAGUUCGCUUCCAGCAAGGAGGAUGUGGCCGUGGCUCAGGAGCAGUUCUUCGCCCCGGAACCGCGGAGAGGCAUCUCCGUUAUUUUGGAUAUAUUCAGAAGAGCUGACAAAGAUGAUGAUGGAAAACUUUCUCUGGAUGAGUUUCAAGCUUUCUUCUCCGACGGCACGCUGAACGAGGAAGAGCUGGAGAAGUUGUUUCACAGCAUUGACUCUGACAACACCAGUAAUGUUGACACUAAGGAACUCUGUGACUACUUUGCCAAGCACAUGGGCGACUAUGAGGGGGUGCUGGCCUCGCUGGAAACACUCAACCUCUCCAUCCUCAAAGCCAUGGACUUCACUAAAAAGGUAUAUGAGAGAGGAACCAACGUGGAGCAGUUUGUGACCCGUUUCCUGCUGAAGGAAUCAGCCAAUCAGAUUCAGUCUCUCCUGAGCUCUGUGGAGAGUGCUGUGGAUGCUAUUGAUGAGCAGCACAGCCAAUCAGGUCAUCAACCUGCCAAGGUGAGCCCACGGAUGUCAGAGAGGCGCAACGAAAACACCGUCCCUGACUAUCCCCCGAACAACAGAGUCACUGCCAGGGAGGCUGUCAGGACCGUCAACACUGCUUCAGGUGCUGUAGAAGUGAGGAAAGAAGGUUUGGACUCUCAGAUCAACCGCCUGGCUGAACUGAUCGGGCGACUAGAGAAUAAGACAGUCUGGUUUGAUCUGCACCAGAGGCUAACAGACACAGAUGGCACUACCAGCGCAUCCUUGCUGCUGAUCCGUACGGAGAUGGUGGUGACCCAGAAGAAGCUGGGCGACUUCUGUGAGGCUCUGAAGCAGUACCUGAAGAACGUCUCCACUCAGAGAGACUGCUUUCAUGUGACUGCGGUGCGUCUGCCGGACGGUUUAUCCUUCGUCGUCUACGAGUUCUGGGAUGGAGAGGAGGAGUGGAAGAGGCACCUCCAGUCGGCCCCCAAUAAAGCCUUCCAGCAUGUGAAGGUGGACACACUGUGCCAGCCGGAGACCGUGUCCUCUGUAGCCGUGCCAGCCGCCUGGUGCAGUGUGAACAGGGACUGAGCAUGAAGAUAUUCAACGACACGCCACCACUCCUGGACGCUCCCCACCUCCUCCUGAACUCCCCCUCCGACCCUCAAACCUUCUCCCCUCCCUGCGUUUUACCCACUCUAACACCCCCUAAACCCCCUCGUCUUUCAACCCUCACAUUCCUCAACUCUUUUUGUAAGUACAUGUUUACACAGUGCAAAUGUAUGGUGUCAACUGCAGUGAAAAUUGAACAAACAGUGCAUUUAACAACGUGAGAUGACCAAUGCGUUUGCAUCUCACCAUAGUUAUAUUGGAGAUAUUGGAUAAUGUCAUGUUUCAGGUAGCUUCGAGCCACUGUAAAGUGGAGUGUGUCAUGUAGCAAGGACCCUGGCGUAGAGUUUUUCAUGUAGCAGAACUGUUUUGGGGUAGUGCAUUCUGGAAUGUGGCUUUUCUUUUCCCUGCUAGGGUCGACCACAGGUAGAUCAUCUUAGUUAGCCGUUAUUUCAUAGUAGCUGCUCAUUCCACAUUUGCUCCCAUACAAAGUGUUCUGGUAAUUACAUUUUCAUUUUGUAACUGACCAAAUGCUUUGGACAUUAUUCUCACAUCAGCCGUUCUAAACUCAUCAACAUCACGAGUAAUAACUUGAUAAAACUUUAUUCAAACAAUUUGAUUAUAGAUGCAAUACCCAUACAUACCACAUAAUGUCAGUGUGUGAGUUCUCCAGAAGGACCUGGAGAUAGCACCAAUGUUCGAUUAUGAAGCCAAAAGCUAUAUUAUUAUUUUCAUAGCAUUGUUUUGUAAAAAGAAGAAUUCUGGAAGGUAAUGCCUGAUUUAUGUUUGAUGCCUCUAACCGGCUCGCAAAUGUAAUCUGACACCACGCGGAUGGGCGGAUACAAUUGUCCAUUUAUACAACUAAAUAACACAAGGUAGACAUUAAAAUAUGUUCCAGAACAAACAAUAAACCCAUAUCAAAGGUAAUCAGCAUUGACCUGCGGACAAGUUGAACGAAGUUAAUGUCCUAAAAUGACCACUAAGCUCCUCUAUAAUAACUUUGCUCAAUACCUCACUAUAGGUUUAGAGUCUUCUGAACAAUGUUGCCACCUGAGAACCAGGGUUACGGUUGUAACUUAAGGCCUACUUACUUUCAGAUCAACUUCAUUUGUUGCGUGAGCUGGUUAAGCAUCUUCACCCCGAGUAUAUUUAUAUAGAAUGGCUGCAGUGGGAGUAAUGUCUUUAACGGGAGGAACUUAUCAUCCUGUGUUAAGCACAUGGUUUUAAUGAGCAACCGAAACCAAAUCUCUGCUAAGCCAGACAUCAGUUAUCAGUUCAUCAGAUGGUGACAUAAGCCAGUUUGGUGUCCUGAAUUAUGAAAAGAUGUCGGUCUUCACAAAUAUUUGGAUAUGUAGAUGGUUUUGAUUGACAGAUAUGAGAGAAACAUUUAUAGCAUUUGGCGAGUUAUGCUUCUUCAUGUACCUUUUAUUUCACUUUGGGGUUGACCCUCUGAGCACUGACAUUUAAGAGGUGGGAUAAAAAAAGUGUUUUGCUGUCUAGGGAUCAUUUGUGACUUAGACAAGAAUCUGCUGCUACCUUGAGACAGAAAAAACUAAGUAGAGAGACAAAGGCAGCACCUCACUGUUCUCCAUGCAGUUAACGUUUGUUUCAUUUCUGCCUUCUGUUUAUGUAUUCUUUGUCUAAAUGUGCGAUGGGUAACUUAUAUUAGCUGUGUAAGUAGAGAUUGUACAUGAUGAAAAUGUGGUUCUAUGAUUAUUAUAUUUGUAUUUAUUGAAAUCUAUUAGUGCUAUGGUGCAAAUUGUAUUCCUUAGUGAAAGUGGCAGUUGCCUUCGAAGCGCUGCGGAUUCUCGUACCAUUUUGUUUGAAUCUGAAUACCUACCAUCAAAAACUUAAACCCAUCUGAAUGACAUUGAAUAUGAAGCCUUAAACAUUAACACAUGUUCGGGGAGCUCUUUAGGGUUUUCAAAACAAGACAUUCUUUUUGGUGCGAUGUAAACUCCCAGUAAGCAGGGAAAUGCCCUUUAGCAUCAGAUUACACAACCCCAGUUUUGUGUUGCGUUGACAUAUUGUUACAUAUUCUCCAUUGCAUUAUAUUGAAACUUUCUCAGCUAACAACAUAUCACCGGAAAAAAAAUGACCUUGACUUCACUUAGCAUACCGUAGCUUAUAGAUCAACCACCUCAGCAUCUCGAACAACGUGUAGUGCCACCAUUAUCCCCAACUAUAAGAGAGAAGGGCUCAAUACAUAUAAAGAGGCCAUGACAGACAUUAGAAUCCAUAUCUACUGGGUCUCUUAAACAUAAAGAAAAAGACCCCCAUCAGGAAGCUAUCGUAAGGAUACUAUUCUAAUGUAAUAUUGAAUGUCAAAGAUUCCUCCAAACGUCUGUAGAUCGCAAUGCAAAAGAUGCACAAAACAAAUCUGGUGAAGAAAACCUUUCGUUCAAAUAUAAUUAGCUAAACAAACCAAAUAGUUUCUAAUUUGCGCGACAUUUUCUGUCUUCGGCCAUUACCGUGUUCCCAACUGUUAUCUUAGGCACAACUCUCAUGACCAAGAUCUGAGGUUCAUUUCAGGUCAAAGAUACCCGGACUCCAUCCCCCUGACCUGACCUCCCCCCCCCCAAUACCACCACUGUAAUACAAUCAGACUCAGAAAGCACAAUGUAAGAAUGAGUGAAUAUUGUGAUUUAAAGAUAUAUUAUAGAGAAUGAUGAGAGUAUUUAAAGAUAUCGAGUAUUACUUUAUCUGGUUAAAGCUGUGUUGAUGAAUCACUCCUUUAUUGCUCUAUUCUUUCCAUCCACCUCACUAUUGAUCUCUAUUUUCACAUGUGAUUGACAGCCAGGCUGCUCUCUGCCUGGCUGUGGUCCAGUGAGUGUGAUCCUCCUACACCAGGGGUGUCAAACUCAAUUUCAUCGCGGGCCACAUUAGAAUUAUGGUUGCACUCAAAGGGCCGGUGGUAACUUUAAGACUAUAUAAAUAUACAUAGAUAAAUAUACAUAAUAUAUAUAUAAAAUAAUGUAUUAUUUUACAAUAUUUCCUCUGCAUUGGAUUAUUAUCGGAUAUGGUAAUAACUUCAUAAUUAACUACGCCUGAAAGCAUAAGUCUGGUAAGUAAUUGCAAGUCUCUUCAGUGCGCAUCUCACCAAAUGAGAUGCAUUGUGAGACAUGUAGUUUAUGGUGCUCCUGUAAAGCGGCACGUGACCUUAUAAUAAACGUAUUAUAUUCUUUGCAAGCUCUUGUGGGCCACAUCAAAUGAAGUGGCGGGCCGGAUUUGGCCCCCGGGCCUUGAGUUUGACACCCUUGUCCUACACUGACACUGAUGAACCAUAGCACCGCGCUGGGCUGCAUUGAGCGGGGCAGGACUGUGUGGAAUGUGGAAGUGUUGAAUAUUAUUACAUAUGCUGUAACAGAACAUAUGUAUUACAGUAGGCUUUUAGAACAGGCAUGCAGAGGCGUUGCUGCUUUCUUUGUGAAAUGUCUAUACUAAUCUCAGUGUCCGUGUUAAAGGAACCCUGUGGAGGUUUAGCCACUAGUAGCGCUGUGGAGCAGUGUAUAUACUUACCCUACUGUCUCGCUGUUGAUUUCACACUACUGUGCUGCAAACCCAGAUUUAGACAAUUAAGGUUUAUAAAAGAAUUUAAAAGAAAUUAAAUGCGUUCAUGGCGUUGGACCUCAAAAUAAAGCUGCUCUGUCAAUUAGCAUUAGACUAGCUGCAAGUUAGCCAAAGAGAAACUAGCAUUGGUUUAAAAUCCAGCUACGUAAAGAACCAGAAACAACCUGCAGCUAAAUCAUAAUUAUGAAAAUGUUACUUUAAACAUAUUCCUUUUUUCACUUCUUCAUUAUCUAAAAAAAUGCCUAAAUGAGAUGCAUAAAUGUUGGACACUACAUUUUUGACAUUUAUUUGGCUAUUAUUUAAAAAAAGACCAAUGUGAAAAUAACAACAUAUGUUCUCUUAUUCUAAACCCUUCCCAGCAGCAGGAAUCAAUAGAACAUCUUGCAUUACAUCCCAUCUCAGGAUAUCAGUUUUCCGUGCCACCCUCUCUCCCUGCCCUCUGCAGUUGGUGCAGAAUGCAGCAGCAGAAACGAUACCUCUGCAUCAGGAUCACCCCGGCUCCCUGUGGAGCUCAGUUAACCAUUCUUUAAGUGACUUCUAAGGUCGAACACUUUUUAAUCUGCACCAAGGACAACUUCUUUUUGGGCUCGUGUAAGGAGAAGGUAACGACAGCACUAAAAUACUGAUUGUCAAAGUUGCUAGGCUUUGAAUAUUUUGAGGAUAGACCUAUUUUUGGUGACUUUAACAUUUCACUCAUUAGUUGCUGCUUUUAUAACACCAUAUUCUCACGUACUGAAAGAUCAGAGUAAUAAAAAGCCGAACUUCCUUUAAAUCUCCUAAAUUGUGUAAACAGUAGAUCAAGUUCUACCCCAGUUCUUAAUGAUGUAAUGUCAGCUUCUUGGGAAACAGCCAAUGGGCUUUAACGGACAGGAAUCUGUUCAAGACUACGGACCUUUUUCUGAACCUUAAAUCUGCAGCUCAGCCAAUGACAGAGCAAGUUAGUUUAAAAGAAAAGCUCCACAGGGUACCUUUAAUCUUUCACUUCUGAACAAAAAAAAUAACUCCUGUUCCAAAUCUUGUUUGUGUCCAAGAAGGAGCUGCCGUAUUACGAAUAGAAACAUAAAGCCAUAUUGCAUGGAUUGAUGUUUACAUGUCAGUGACCUACUAAUACUGAUAGCCAUAGUUUUACAGUACUCGAGUGCUCAGCUGAAUGCAGCCCACAUGCUCUUAGCGAGGGUUUCUUUUCCUGUACAUUGCGCCCACGCGGCUGGGUUGUGUAUGUGAGGUAGAUAGUGAGUGAACUGUCAGAAAUGCCAAUACUGUUUCCUAUUGAUACAUUCCUGAAUGUCCCUCAGACUGUGCAACCUGUUCUUUUCUAUCCUUAAUACUCCUCAGUGCAACCUGUGCUUCGCCAUACAAUGAAAGAGUUGUUAUUGAAACAGGCCUUGAUUUGAAUGUUUCCUGGCAACAAGAGAUGAAACAUUAGAGGAAGCGUGUCACCAGGUUUACCUCAUGAGCCAAUCAGGAAACGGAUCAGUGCUACGACUCUUUCUUUCGGUGGGUGUUUCUCAAUGUCGAGUAAAGCUGCUCCAGAGCCACUAUUUCAAGCAUACUACGUCAUCGAGUGCCGCCGAAGUACUGUUCCAAUGUCCAGCAUACUUGGAAUUCUACCGAGCCCGGCGUACUUCGUAGCGAGAAAUUUCGAGGCUGCACAUGUGUAGACUCCGCGGUCUUAAAAUCCCCACAAUGCUUUGCGCACGGACCAAUUUCCCCAAAUCUGUGGCAAAAAAUGUAAGGCGGGGCCUCUCAUAUGACGCACACCUGCACACUUGCUAGCCUGUUCCACUCUUCGUUUUCCGAAUGCCAGGAAGUAUUUUUGCCUCGCUUCUGAAGCAAGAUGCUCGGAAGACAUGUGCUACCAAGCAAGCGUACUCGACAUUGAGAAACACCCUAUGGCUGUGUUCUUUUCUAUCCUUCAACUGAGUGCAUGUCAACUGAAUGUCCAGUAACUUCUUUGCUGUAGUAUUAGGCCAUGCUACUCUUCAAUGGGUUUUGUGCAUUUCUUACCUUUUUCUUUUCUAGUAUUCCUUUGAAGGAGACAGAGACUAAAACCUAUUAUAUAAAAUAUAUAUGACUAGAAAAAUGGCAUACAAGAAUGAACAUUCACUUUUAUGGCAAUGUUUAAUGAAAUAUUAAUUCUUAAUGUAUGUUUCAGUAAAAAAAUACAGCUUUCUCUUAAGUGUAGAGACUUAAUGCAGGGAUGCAAGUAUUAUAUUUGGUCUUUAAAGAAUAUCUUGUUGAAAUUCUAGAUGAUGUAGAGUGAUGCAAUUCAAUAAACUAUAAAAAUAUAAAA